UGGCUUACAACUAUCACAAUUUCCACUGAAAUCAUGUUCAGACCAAACUAACAGGAAACCGUAAAAUAGCACCUACUACAUCUAUAUUUUCCUGUGAAAACGUUACACCGCAUGUUGACACCCAAGAUAAGCAAACAUCGACGGCGAUGACAAAAUACCAAGAAUUGUAGACAUGAUUACAGGAGAACGUAUUAGAAAAAAUGCUGAAAUGUGAAGAAGACUGAUUUCAUUGGCAUCAUGACUGAAAGGAACAAGCAAUGUUUGUCUGUUUACAUUCUGUGUUCUUUUACUUUUCCUAUGUUCUUGGACGGAUGCUGUCUAGGAAAUCAAAAGAAACAAACAGGUGGGAACCAGCGGGGAACUUUUCACCAGCGCUACAGAGCUGUGGAGGGGGAAGACUUCAUGAUACCAUGUGAAACUCUGAACCGGUCCAUGGUGUCAUGUUCCAUGACAGGAGAAGGCAGAGACGGAAAUGAAGGCCUGUCCUUUGUCUGUGGGAGAGACUUCCGAGCUGAAGCAAAACAUUCUGGAAAGUACACAUGCAGUGGCAGCAAGAUGUUUUUCCACCUGCAGGUGGUGAAUAGAAGUCUGGGAUGCUUACAGUCUAAUGGGAUCCAUAAGUCCGUAAGGCUGACUGUGGAUAAAGGAGGGGAGAUCCCCUGCCCAGGUCACAACUGUAGUAACAACCGAGAGAUCAUCUGGUACAAGCAUAACAGAACUGUGUCCCGACGCUACUGUCAGAAGCCUGGGUGGUUACAUCUCUGUCAUGUCAUAAAAGAGGAUGCUGGUGUAUAUUUCUGUGAUAGACAAAUAAUUGAGGAAGGAGUCAUAUGGACCUUCAGAAGGGCUGUUCACGUCACUGUCAACCCUCUUGAAUCAAAUGAACCUCCCAGCAUUAUUUAUCCCAAUGGGAACAUGAAAGAGGAAGUGGAACUUGGUCGGUCUCACACUCUAAUGUGUAAGGCACGUUUUCCUUUUGAGGCAGAUGUUUCGCCUGAGGUGAGGUGGUACAUUAACUACAGUGGCAAGAUGGAGAAUAUGACUCUACUACGCAUGGAGGAGCAACAUGAGGAGAGAGUAACAUUUGAAGUGCUCGAGGUUAUACGAAGAGCCAGCAUAAAAGAGGUGACUCCACAACUCUUGAACCAGAAUCCCACGUUUACCUGCAUCGCCAAUAACACUCAUGGAAACAGCAAUGUCACCAUCAAGCUCAUCGAGAAAAUGAAAGUAAAAUGGCCUUCACUGGUUGGGUAUCCUGUUGUGCCUUUGCUGCUGGUAGCUGGGCUGGGAAUGGUUUUGCAUGUGAAAUGGCUGGAAAUACAGCUUAUCUACAGAUCCCACUUCCAACAUGGAAAACAUGAUAAAGAUAAGAAAGAGUUUGAUGUGCUUCUGUCAUAUGUGUGGAGCCCCCCAACAGCUGAGCUUGAGGUUUUGACCAUUUCCUCCCAGAAAGGACCUGACACAGAUGAGGAAGCAUGUUUGUCUAGCAUGGACCCACUGAACACUGAGGAGGGUAACUCAAUCCAUAGACCACUAGAAGUGCUGCUACCCCAUGUUUUAGAGGACCGGUGGGCAUAUCGUCUCUGUCUGCUGGAGAGGGACGUGCUUCCUGGAGGAGCAUAUGCAAAUGAUGUGAUCCUUGCAAUGCAGAGAUGCCGAAUGCUUAUCUGUCUGCUGUCAGCUGACUACCUCUCUAACAGCAAUGCUGUGUUUGUACUGGAAUCAGGAAUUCAGGCUUUGCUGCAAAACUCUUCCCUCAAAGUCCUGCUAAUAUGGACCAGCGGAGCCUCAGCAUCCCUCAUCCAGCCGGACCCCCCGCUGCCCACACUGGUCCAAAGGGCCUUGAAGGUGCUACCCAGUCUGGUUUGGACCCCUGGCGACAGCAGCUUCUGGAGGUCUUUGAGGAAAGCCAUGCCCGAUCAGAGAGUGAAGCUCGUUUCACUCAUGCAGGACCAAUGAUUAAACUGUUCUGUUUGCAAGCAAGGGCAACACAUGAACAACAGCAUCAAGGUCAUUUUCACUUUUGUAGGGAUGCCAAAUCAAAAGUCUCAUUUUUAUAUACAUGUAGCAGAAAGCAUGUCCCUCUUUGUGUCAUUCUCAGAGCACAAUGGUGUGUACUCUGGUCUUUAAUUUCCAUAUGUACCAAAGAUAAACUGUUUAACAGUGCAUAAUCAUUUAUAGAAUGUAACAGGUAAAGUACUUGUCCAUCAAAAAAUAUGUCUAAACAAUGGAUGCUAGUAACAAACCUAAUUACCUUUUAUAUGACUGCAUGUAUACCAGCUUUAGUUCAUCAUGUAUUGUCACAGCAGACAUGUCUGCAAUAAACAUUUGACACAAUA